AUGGAUGACGAUGGGCGGUCAAGCAGCUUGAGUGAGAUUGACGACGUCUCGGACAACGAGCCGUCCGACUUCGAAGAUCCCAUUAAAUCGGACAGGCCAAUGGAGAAUGAUUCGGAGGCCGAAACCGAGCGAAUCGAAGAUUCUCCGCACAACGUUCGGAAAAGAGACAUCGUGUUGAGUGCAGGCAGUGCUGGUCCAAGUCCGAGCAAGCUUCACCAAUCUACAACGUUGGAUGAUGUCGACGACGACACACUCAUGGCAGAUGAUUCACCAAGCAAACGCCGACCCUCGAAGAACAACGGAUUGACCGACGACAUCCCACACCUUGGCGAUUCCGAGCUUCCAGAUAGCAUUGGAAAGAAACGAAAACGCGUUGAGAUCGGCGACGAAAUCACUACCGAACUGGGAGACGAAGAGGAGCCCAUCAAAAAGCGGCGGAGCUCGAUCAAGAGUGAUCUCAGCGACCCCAUUGACGACGAUACCCCACUGUCGCCGGAGCCGCUCGAUGACACAUUGGCGAUCAACGACGAUGAUACCCCGGCGGAUGAUGCGCCGGAGCUGGAUCCCCCAGUCGCCCCGCCACUCAAGGGCAAAAAGAGCAAAAAGGGUGAGUGGAUGUCAACAAUGGCCCAUGAUACCGAUGAUCAACCAGAUGUCGGGGUCGGGGUCGAGGCCACGAUAGAAGACAUUGCUAAUGAGAUUUCUAUAGACGAUGACCCAGCGGAACGGGACGAGCAUGAUGAUGCCGAGACGGUUGUUCGAGCUGAAGAAGAGUCCGUGAAGAAGAUGUCUGCUAUGGAUUCGCUGGCGACUUUGGAGAAAGAGUUUGCGGCUCUGCGUGACAAGAUUUAUGAUGAGCGGAUCUCAAAGCUCAACCGUGAGAUGGAGAUGCUUACUGGGCCGAAUCCAACACACCCCGAGUACCUGCGGCAGAUUGAAUGUGUGCAACGUCACCGAGACGCCAAGAUCAAAUACGAGGAAAACUUGUAUCGAUACCGCAUGAAGUCUCUAAUGAACAAAGCUCUCGCAGAGCGCUCGCAGGCACACAGCACGUAUUUCCAGCGUGUUCGAGAUGUGCGUGAGCGGCAUUCGUCUGCGAUCAGCAAGCAGUUCUAUGCAAUUCAGCAUGAUCGAUUCAAGACAGACGAACUCAGCCCACACCACAUCAUUGCCUUCCCAACUCGUCGCUCCCAGCAGAUUGCACAUCAGGCUGCAUACAAUCAUGAAGUUUCAAUCAUGGCCGGUGUUGCCAAAUACGUUGGCUUCCCCGCUGCACCUUCUCUCCUUGGUGCACGUCCAAGUGAACUUGAUGAUGAUCUUGAAAAGAUGGGCAUUGCCGUCGAGUCGCGUGCCUCGGCCCCUCGGCAUUCAUCGGCGAUGCCUCCCCGGCCUGUCGUGUCGACCAUGUCUUCCAACCCCUUCCGUAGCGCUGCGGAGGAAGCUUUCCUAGAACAAACUCCGUGGGCAAAUCCACAGCAUCCUAUUCACCAACAACAGCAACACAGCCAUCAACAGCAACAUUCUCACCAGCACCGGCCGCCAGCUCGUCCGUUUGAGCAGCCCCAGCCAUCAUCUUAUACCACCCCGGCAGCUCAGAAGCGGGUAGUUGAUGUGAAUGCGCCAAAUGGAUCCGCUUCAACGAUCCCCGAGAACGCAUCUGCCGCCAACUCAUCGGCAAACAACACUCCGUAUGGCCUGGAGCAAGAUCCCAGGCACCAGGCACAAGGACCUUUCCGCAAUCCAGAUUAUGACGGCGAUCAUCGCAAAUCCGGAUUCCGAUCCUUAAGUUCAUCGCCUUUGGAUGUGCGGAAAUCACAACCGCAUCUCACUCAUACCCUCGACCACCGCCCUCCCACUACCGAUGUCCCCUCUCACCCCCACCUCUUCUCUCCGCCUCCCGCACGACAAGGCUUGUUCCGGCCCUCAUCGGCUCUCCAACGGGAGCCUUCGCCAUCACUUUCCUCUAAACCGGUGGACGCGGUACAUUAUCGCCCCCAUCAGUCGGGCAUAUCGACAGGAUCUGGCUCAAAUCACAUGUCAACGCGAUAG